AUGGAAAAAAAAGAAGAUAAUGUUAUGAGAGAAAUUAAAGUUAACAAGUUGGUACUCAAUAUAUGUGUUGGGGAGUCAGGUGACAGGUUAACAAGAGCAGCGAGGGUGUUGGAACAACUGACUGAUCAGAAGCCAAUUUUUGGAAAAUGUAGAUUUACAAUUAGAUCAUUCGGUGUAAGAAGAAAUGAAAAGAUAUCAUGUUUUGUAACAGUAAGAGGUAAGAAAGCAUUAGAAAUAUUAGAGAAAGGAUUAAAAGUAAAAGAAUAUGAACUGAGAAGAAAAAAUUUUUCGGACACAGGAAAUUUUGGUUUUGGUAUACAAGAACAUAUAGAUCUAGGUAUUAAGUACGACCCUUCUACUGGUAUAUAUGGUAUGGACUUUUAUGUGCACCUCUCUCGACCCGGUUAUAGAGUAACCAGAAGAAGGAGAAGAAGAUCGACCAUUUCCAAAACUCAUAAAGUUACAAAGGAUGACGCAAUGAAGUGGUUUCAAACCAAAUUCGAUGGAAUUUUGCUCAAAUGA